AUGGUCAGUUGUAACAACCACUCAGCUGCAAACAAAAGAUUGCGAAUACGAAAAGCACUCAGUUCUUCUCCACGUAAAUCGGAAUCCGGUGCACCAAUAUCAAAAGCUGUUCUCUAUCCUGCAUUAUUGCAGUACAUUGGCCGUAAGAUGGUGAAAUCGAGCAAUAACACUGAGCGAACAAAUCAUUUCGAGAGGAAAACCUCAAGUCAGCCAACUAGUCAGCAUCCUCCUUGUCAAGAACCGAAUCUUUUGGAAAGGAAUGUAACGCACAGAGCGCAACGUACGCAAAGCAAUGUCACUGAAGAGUUACGUCGGAGAAAAGUCCUAGUGGAACAAGCGAUGAUGAAUGAUGUAAGAAAUGGUGGUAAUAAUAUUGAACGACCGCUGAGACGAUCUCGUUCGUCAACUAGCGCAUUGAUGCGAACAAAACCUAGGACAAUGACGCAUUCGCAAUUGGUUGAGCAAAGUGUGGCACGUAAAAUCAAUCAAAUAAGAGCAUCACCAACUUACAAGCAGUUGGAGGUGCGUAGUUCAACGGAUAGGAAUUCCCAUAGCAAAGCGUUGUUGAAUUCAUCACUGAACACUGGUCUAGGCGAACAACUAACUGAGGAUUAUGCAGCGCAGCCUUUGAUCGAGUCACGUCGAAAAGAAUCACGCAAUUUUCCAUCGAAUUCAGCAACACCAACGUUAAGCUCGCAGAUACCAAGAUUUUUAUCU